UCGCAACUAGUUUUUGUCUCGACACGGCUCAGGUGACUGACUCGGUUCCGUUCAGUUCGCUGCGUCGUUUAACUGUCGCCCAGUGUACUUCGCCUUCGUCUCUUAGCAGUCGGCAAAGUUUGACUCGCGUUCGCGACCGCGCGAAAGUUCACCUGACAUCAGUCGCAAGACGUCGAAGAUAGAAGCCGCAGCUGCAUCGUUACAUGGCUAACGUAAACGCAUCCGCCGACAAAAAGUUGAUGCGUCCGCGGGGACCGUGUGUGACCGGCGAAAACCACCAACGAUUUAUUCAACGAAUUUCUUCCCAAAGGACUUACAUCGGAAAACAACCGGCUGUAAAUAUACCAACAGUUCUGUGCGCGUACAGUUAUAAAUAGCAAACGAUUUAUUAUCGCGCAUAUUUGCGCUCGAUUUAUUCGUAACGUUCCGUUUUACUGCAAUUUACUACAAUCAACCGGAGAAGCGAUUGUUGUGUUGAACUGGUUUUUCGAGUGCAGUUGUAUGGGGCUUGAGAUUGCACACACCACCGAACGUUCGGCAGAGCGUCCAAGGACUUUUUUAUUUUAUCAAUACGUUGUGAUAAUUUACAAGAAAUCACGAGGUCAAACAGGUCAGUCGCGAGGGGGUCGCCACAGAGUGCAAAUACGAAAUUAACGAAAACGAAAAAUCGACCAGAAAAGACAAUGGAUAUUGUAACGGCAACGCCAAGCAGCGGAUCGCCGUUUCACAAUCACGACGUGCGCGAGUGGUCGCGUUUGGACAGCAUCACCGGCGUCCUGGAGCGCGCCCGCUUGGAAACCGAUCACUGGACCGCGAACACCGCCACGACAUCGCACAAGUACAAUAAGGUAGUCGAUUCAAGAGCGCGAAGCGGUGCGGACGGGAACCUGCAGCAGGCAGCGCGUCGGAAACUGGAGGUGUUCCAGAGUCAAGUUCCAGGCGGACGCAUCCAGGUGAUCAAAACACAAACAGUGUCCAGUAGCCGUUGGAGUAGUCAAGGUAUCACUAAUUCCACGCCCAAGGAUAAUAAUCAGGAUGUUUUUGAGGAUCUAAAGUUGUCCUUAAACCCACUGGACUUGACGUCGGAAAAAGCGAAGGCUAGCGUAGGCCGCGGUGUUGGACGACGGCCACCUUCGAGAUCGCGCAUACGAGACGACAUUCUCGCCCGCAACAGUAAUCUUCAUUCGACUGCGACGACAAACCUUCAUCGCGUGUCGCGGCUCUGCCAUCAGAUACACAAUAGCGCUGUAAAGCAGACGUUUGGCAAGCAUACGACGUGUGCAGACACGAUCGAAGCGGCGCUCCCAAUCGACGAGCGCGAGAGCGGUGACGGCGUCGAAAUCAUAGACAUCACCGACGAGCACGAACCCGUCAGGCAGCACACGAAUCUCUCACGUACGAAGAGCACCAGCUCCGAGGACUUCUUCGAGAAGCGAAAAAGUCUUGAAGACUUAGAAGACUUAGAACAGUUGCAGACCUGGCGUCGCACCUCUAAACUACGUCGCUCCUUACAGUAUCCUAAACAGAAGGAAACCCAACCCAGUAAACCGCCUGACUUGCCUCUUCCAAGCGGAAGUGUAAGGAAAAUCCGCGAAGAUUUGGAAACCGGAAGACGUUUGAAUACAGCUCUACGCGGUAACAACGUCGAUUUGGAUGCGCUCGAUCAGAUAUUGAAGUCGAUUUCGAAUUCGAGCAUCAGCAGCGCCCAAUCUGACGCAAAGUCAAACGAUAACGAACCGGACGGUACGAUCAUUACGGCGAAGAAGCAACAAAAACGCCAUUCGUUCGUUACGGUCGAAUCGAUACAAGCCGUACGCGAUAAAUUGAGACGUACCAGCUCGCCGACCAUCAGCAUCUACGAACAGGAAGAGGAAAAAACAAGCCGCGAUGAAGACGACGAUGGAAUCGUAACGGACAGACCGGUGAAUCUACGACAAUUAGACACUAGCAGCAGCAGUGACACUGUUAACAUGAGCGCACACAAAUCGCGAUAUGUGCGAAACGAGAUGGAUGCGAGCAAAAAACAAAUUUCGGGUACGGGGAGCCUCGAAUCGCGCAACAAAUUCAAUAAUUACAGCAAACAAGACGAUUGGUUCGCCCGUCGUAAGUCGUAUGGUUUCGAACAGAUGCAACAACCGCACGCCGGCGGCAGCGAUUCGCUGAAAAAUAAUAAAAACCGUAACGAAUCGUCUACGGACAGCGGAAUCUGUCGGUCGACCGAAAUUGUCGUCGUAUCACCGCCGUCGAAAGUCAACGUCAAGCGGCGUGAGUUUGACUUUAAUGAUGUUAUUAAGGACGAUAACGUGACCAACGUGAAGAAAUACGCGAUGAUCUUUGAAAAUAAGAACGAUAGCAAAAACGCCAUUAAGAAUGCGCCGCGCGGCAGCGAAGGAAAAAGACAUUCGAUUGCGGUGGACGAGUCGAAAUAUAUGAACAGCAAUAGAGAAGAGAACCAGUUCAAAAGAACUAGCUUGGUGAUUAAUGACAAUAAUACUAAUAAUAUUAAUAACAAAGAUGACGACAAUAAAAAGAUCAACAAGAAGGUAGAAUUUUGUAAGACCGAAGUCCACUUUGCUGCUGAUUCUGGACGCGUGAAUAUUGUGGAAACUGAUGAAAAACCGCCCCCCACUCAACGAUUCCGACGCAGAAGACGCAACUCAGGCCCACCUGAAGAUUACACUAGAAAUGGUCUUCCUGUUCAACAUUUUGGUGACAGUACUUAUGAAAAAUUCUUAUUUGGGGACGCAGCUGACGAAUCUAGUAACGGAAUAUAUGAAAAUUUACAAAAUGGUGUUAUGGCACAGCCUAAUUCUAUUCAAUCUAAUACGAAAAUGAGUGCAAACGUAACGGUAAACGCAGUGAAUGGCAAUUAUUUUGAAUUCGAUGAGGAGCCACAAAAGGAUAACGAAAACGAAGCACCAAGGGGCAUUUUAAAGAAUAAGCCAAUUAAACCUAGACCGUUUCUGUUAGGCGCUGACAACUUGGAAGAUUCAUGGACUGCAAAGUCGAAAAUUAUUCACGAAGAUCAACCAAUAUGGAAGUCGACCAUUACUUUGAAGAAUGCGCAGAAGGAUCAGAAAGAAGAACAGGAAUUUCAGAAAUUGCGUCAACAGUUGCGUCCUACUAAUCGAAGAUUGGAUUAUUCCAGCGAAGAUAACUCAACGCAAACUGAUGAUAAAUCUUAUUGUUCUGCGUUUAAAGAUUUACGAGUAACACCACCAGAAGAUGAAUGUUCUUCGUGGUCAGUUGCCGAUCGAAUUAAACAAGUAGAAGAGUUGAAAUGGACUGAAAAUAAGGGUUAUUCAACAAAGGUGAACUUUGGUGACGGCGAGGCAACAGUCGUUGAGAAUAAGCACACUACUUGGCCGCGUAAAGAUGAAUUUAAAGAGGUGAAAAAACGCAACGAGCUCAAUAAAAGCUUAAUUGUUCGCAUUGGCCAGCACGAUGAUAACUCAAAUUCGAAGCAUAAAAUAUGCUCGAAAACGAUGCCGAACAACGCGAACGGCUUGACUACAACCACGAAGAUUACCAUCGAUUUGUCGCCGUCGCCGACGACGGCAGACGAUGCGAAUGAUUUCAAAUUCCCGCGUGCUGCUAUUCAAACGUUCAAAUCGCCGUCGUUGAUAAUGAAUACAUUCGUUCGUAAUGAUUGCAUCAAGGGCGGCAGCAGCAUACAUAUGAAACCAAAGUUGACAGGCCUGGAGGAUCUCAAGCAGAUGUACGAGGAUGCACAUAGUGAUGUCGAAGCUGACAAGGAGGUACAUCGCAUUUUGAUGAAUUCAGCGGAAGAGCAUCAAUCUAGUGUGGCGUCAGGCAGCUGGAGCAAGAUGCGCGCGUUCAAACAGGUCCACAAUUACCAAAAGACCCAAACGAACCGUGUUAAUGGAUCUCAUAAUCAUUCACUUAUAGAGAAAGAAUCGAACAAAAGUACGAUGAGUGAUAAAUCGUAUAAAUAUAAAUUGAUCAACGACCAAAUCGAACAAGAUUUGAAAUACUUGAAUCAAGAAGUGAUAAAUUUAAAUCUAAACAAGUCAUCUAUAAGUAAAAGUCCGUUAAAUAACCAUCAUGAAAAGCUAUCUAGUCCUUUCCUAGUUGGACAAAGUCGUUCCAGAACAAAUUCAUUGAGCUCCGAUCCGGAAUCCACUCGAUACGAUAAAAAAAUUGAGUCUCCGAAAUUUUCAAGAAGAGAUCCAUCUCCUAAUCGUUUUGGACCUUCUGUUUUGAGGCAGCCAAAAAAAUCAGAAAUGGCUUAUUUCGGUGUAAAUACUUCCGCAAAUAGUCAGAAAAAGACUUCAGUUCUAACUAAAACAUCAAAAUUGUCGGACAAACCGGAUCUUUUGCAAUUUAACAACGACAUCUUAAGAAAUAAAUCAUCAUAUAUUAGUUCCGCUCCUACUUCAGCACCAAUAUAUGAAAACACAAAUGUUAAGAGUAAUCAAAUUAAAUCAACCUUUGAUAGCAGUAUUUUGGAAGAAUUGACCAAAGCUGCUGAUGAAAUUCUCCUAGCAGUCAACGGUUAUACAGAUGAAGAACGCAGUCGUAUGAGCACUGAUGACGAAUUGAAGUCGCGGCGGAGAAAUGAAAAGUUGGACACUAUUACCGAAAAUAAAUCGUGGAAACAGUCAGCAAGGGUUACAUCAAGUAAUCAUAUAUCUCGUCUACGAAACGACAAACAAAAGUCAUCAAAUUCUUCGAUUGAUAGUAUCACGCGUGAUGUCCACAGAAGUUUUGAACAACUUGAUCGGAAGACAGCAAGCAGACCUGCUGAGAAGUCAGAUCAGAAGACACGUAAAAAGACUACAACCGAAUUGGCUAGCAAAACAACAACGAAAGCAAGACGCUUGCAGCGUGCCAAUAGCCGUGAAGCACUAUUACACUCACAUGGCAGUUCAUCGGAAGAUUUACCGAAUCACGUCGAAGUAAUCAGGAAACCGCGUACUGUUAAACGUACGAAGACUGCUCAGUUGAGUGUCACCGCUACCGGUCUCGAAAUGAAGAAACCCAACCGGAAAUCGUUGGAUACGUCCGUUGUACAUAAGAGCAAACACGGGGAACGAACUAUGGAAAACAGUUUGCCUGAAAUUCUACACAAAACGGCCGUGACAACGAUUCGCAGCACAGCUGAAAAGCAAGCCGCAAGCCGAGAACGCGCAAAAUUGCGAAGUGAAGAAACGAAGAAGAGACAAGCUGCUUCAAGUGUGACUAAACGCGAGACUAGCAAAGUAACUCAGAAUAGUAAAUCUGUAGAUAGGACCAAACGAAGCAAAGAGAGCAGCCGACAUACUGCAAUGUAUGUACCAGUUUAUAGACAUAGAAGCCCCGUUUUACAUGUCAGUCAGUGUCCAUGCUUAUGUUCGUAACCGUGAUCGGUUACAUUAAUUGCAAUUCAAUCAUCUAACCAGAAUGCGAAGAAAUUAUCGACACGAAACGACAUCUUAACUUCGAAACAUUAACAGCAAUCGACCAGAAGGACUGGAAACAUCUAACUGCACUUUUAUGAUGGAAAGAGUACUGAUUCAAACGUAAUUUGUUAAGUAGCAAGAAGAUUAGAAGCAUGGGACGAUUAUUCCCACGGUGGAUGUAUAGAUUUAUUAAUUAAUCUGCGACUUUCCUGCCUUAGUUUAUAAGUUCCUAAACCCCAGAUUAUAAAUGGCCUAUAAUCUAUAUAAUAUUAUAAAUUGUAAAGCAACACUUCGAAUAUUUAUAAUUUUAUAUUCGCCACGUACUUGACUAAUUGCUUUAAUUGGAUUUCUUCUCCUCUGAACGAAACACCGCCAUUAAUAUUUAUUGACACUUUUAUAAAUCAAUAUGUAAUAUAGAUUUAACAAGACGAAAACAUUUUAUCCAUUAAUAUUGUGAUCUAUAAAGUUGUAUGCUUUUUGGUAAUGUGAUUCUUUUUACAUAAUUAUUUUGAAUAAUAAAACUGUUUAUUAAUUGC